AUGCUGGCCCGCGGCGCGCUCUGCCGCUUGGCGGCCGAGGUGUCCAAACAAGCUACUCACGACCUGCCCAAGCUUGCAUCUCUCGUCCAGACCACCCGCCACGGCUCCGCUCUGGCCAUCCGCACUCUGUCGCGCGGGUCGCAGCUCCAGACACGCUCCUAUGCCACCACAAAGGCCGCGACAACGCCCACCGAGACGGUCAAGAAGGCCGUCAAGGCCAAGGCCGCAGCCGGCAAGUCGGUGAAGAAGACGACGACCGCGAAGAGGACGUCGACCACGAAGAAGGCAGCUGCCAACACGAAGGCUGCACCAAAGAAGGCCAAGAAAAAGGCUGCUCCCAAGAAGCCGGCCACGAAGAGGGCGCCCAAGAAGGUGCUCACGCCUGAAGAGAAGGAGAAGCUGGUCAUCCGCAAGCUGAGACUGCUUGCUCUGAAAGAGCCCGUCUCCAACUACCCUGUCACAGCCUUCAACAUCUACAUUUCCGAAGCUCUCAAGGGUACAGGCACAGGGGCCACCGCAGCACUGAGCAGCAAGGCGGCCACCUGGAAGAACGUCACGCCUGCCGAGCACGAGCGCUACAAUCACCUCGCUGCCGAGCGCAACGAAUCCAAUGCAGCCGCGUACAAGGCAUGGAUCGAGACGCACACACCAGACCAGAUCCGCAUCGCCAACAACGCGCGCGCUCAGCUUCGGAAAAAGCUCGCAGGUACCUUGAAGAGCAACGCUAAGCCCUCGCACACCAGACCGCUCAUGGACGAGCGCCGAGUCCUGCGCCCAAGGUCCUCGUGGACCUUCUUCUUUGCUGAGCGUUCUCAGAGCUCCGACUUCACUGGCAUCAGGAUUACCGACAGGACCAAUCUUCUUGCGGCCGAGUGGAAGGCGCUGGAUGCCAACGAGAGGAAGAAGUAUGAAGAUAAAGCCGCGGCCGAUAAGCAAAGAUGGACCCGUGAAACAUCUGCCCUUGCCUCUUCCUCUACCUAG